AUGUUUCGCCUCACCUUCCCCCUUUGCCUCUCGUCGAAGCAGCUCUCGCACGGCCCGCUCGCCACGCACACACACAAGCAGAGUUUUCGCCAGUCAAAAGAGGCACUGCAGACGAGUCGGCGGCGCUCACAGACGCUGCGCACAAACUUCAGUUUUCAGCAAAAACUGAACCAGGAGUUUGGCGCGCGUCAGCACACCUUUGCGCAAGAGCGGCGCUCUAUGCAGGGCGCCGCUGAGGAUCUCAUGUACGACCGCGCUUACCAUGCUGAGCGGCGCGGCGGCAGAGCGGGACGGGUCUACCGCACUGCCAAGGACCGCGCAGCAGAGAUGGCGACGGCACGAGAGCUGCUUCACAUGGAGGAGAACACGCGGCGACUCAUGAAGAAGGGCCGCACGCAGCGUACCGAGUUGUUCCGUGCGCAGAGGCAAUGGAGCCGCUAA